AUUUUGUCCAUAAGAUAUAAUAAGUUAGUUGGCUUAUAAGCAAGAGAGGAUCUCAACUCAUUUUCAUACUCUAUUCUCUCUGCAAAUUUCAUGUGCAGAUCAAGUGGAUGCACUCGAAUCGACAGCUAGCGAUGUCUUCCCCUCCACAUAUCUCCGUUUUACUCACCAGGUACUUUGAAAUCUGCGAGAUGCAUGAGGUGCAACCUACUUCAGCUGUUGUUUCAUUGUUAAAGAAGGCCUCGAUUCAGAACAUGACAUGCCAAAAAUCUACAACAGUGAUUUCACUAAACCAACUUAGCAACACUGAUUUGUUUCUUCUCACUGAUCUUUUCCACUCAAAUGACUCAAAUGCCCUCGACAACAUUGACUUGCUUCAUGAAUCAAGUGGUGACUUAAAUGGAUAUGCUGUGUUGUCACUGAUGCAUGCUAUCAACAAAAAGCUUCGCAUUGUUGAUAUCAAGGAUAUGCCAUUAAAGGAAGAUGUCGCAAGGGAUCUUUUUGAGACUGGUCUACACUGCCAAGUUUUGAACAUAAAGUCAACAGAGAUUCAAAAGCUCAACAUGGCUGGAAAAUUCAUUCAUAUGCACACCCUUAAUCUGGAUUUUUGCACCUCACUUUCUACCAUGGAGAAAGAUUGCUUCACUCACAUGCCUAAUUUGACACGUGUCUCAAUGUGUGCCACAAGAAUCUCCAAUCUUUGGACCACAACUGCAGCCCUAUCAAAACUUCCUUCAUUGCUCCAACUUCGCUUUCAAAACUGUUUAUGUUGCAAGGACACAUCCCCAUGCCAUUUGAAAGAUGAACACACCACCAAAGCUUCUUCACUCAUUCAUGAAGUAAUUUCUUUUGAUAAACACGUUUCACAAAAGUACAACUGGCAUCAUCCUUCACCUAUCUGCUUUCAGAAACAUUAUAGGGAGUAUAUGAUUGUUUCAUUACCAAAAUUACAAGUUUUGGAUAACUGUCGCAUAGGAAAACUGGAUAGAGAAAGAGCCAAGAUUGUGUUCUCAAGAUACUACGAGUUAUUACCAAAUAAACGACAACAUAAAGAGAGUAUCAUUAGUGUAUUGCAUAUGCGUGAAACAGGAGGAACAAGUAGCAUGGUCAACAAAAAAUCUUUGACUUCUAAAAAUCCAUCACUACAUGGAAAAAGUCAAAGUUUUUAUUCAAGGUCGCUAUGUGCUGCUAAACUUGGCUCAUCCGCAUGGCCUGUUUUACAUCCAAUUUCCAUUAUUAGUCAAAUAGGGAAAGAAGAGGGAAAGAUUUUAAGACCAAGGCAGUUUGAGUAUCAUCAAACAGAUCCAAGUUUAAUGGCGUUUGGAACUCUAGAAGGAGAAGUAGUUGUCAUCAACCAUGAAACAGGGAAUCUUGUUAGUUAUGUUCCUUCCUUUGAUACAAAUAAGAGUGUUCUUGGCCUAUGUUGGCUCAAGAGAUUCCCAUCUAAGGUUGUUGUGGGAUAUGAUAACGGAUCAUUGAGAUUAUACGACAUAAAUGACACACUUCCAGAAGCCCUUGACACCUGUCGCAAUUCUACUGGUGUCCCUUUUGUUGACUUUCAUCAUUUGACUUCCGUUCAUGUGAAUGCAACAGACGAUCAAAUCCUCACAAGUGGCUACUCAAAAAAAGUUGCAAUCUACGAUAUUUCAACAGGAAAACGCCUUCAUUUCUUCAGCGACAUGCAUAAAGAACCCAUAAAUGUUGCCAAAUUUGCACAUCAUUCCCCCUCUCUCUUUGUCACUUCAUCAUUUGACCACAAUAUCAAAAUGUGGGACUUGAGAACAAAACUUGUAAACCCGUGUUACACAGCUUCAAGUUCAAGUGGAAAUGUAAUGGUUUGUUUCUCCCCUGAUGACCUCUAUUUGCUCGUAUCAGCUGUCGACAAUGAGGUUAAACAACUAUUGGCUGUAGAUGGGAGGCUUCAUACAAAUUUUGAUAUAGCUCCAACAGGAAGUGGUCAAAAUUAUACGCGUUCUUAUUAUAUGAAUGGGAGAGAUUAUAUAAUUAGUGGGAGUUGUGAUGAACCUGUUGUUCGUGUGUGUUGUGCUCAAACUGGAAGACGACUCAGGGAUAUAUACUUAGAGGGUCAAAACGCCAGGAGUUUGAUGUUUGUGCAGUCUCUAAGAGGAGAUCCAUUUAGACAUUUUCACAUGGCGAUUUUGGCGGCAUAUGUGCGUCCUAGCUCUAAGUGGGAAAUCAUCAAGGUUAAUUUGCUUUCGGAAUAUCAUAAAGGACAGCAUCUAUGUCCUUCAUAUAGGAAUGUUGUACCAUAAGCACCGAAUGUUGUACCUUUGACAAAGGGUAACAUUCUUUUCUCAAAUAUAUUAUAGAAGAUGGUGUCUCGAGAACAUGAAUUUUCUUUAUUAUAAAAAAUAUAAAGUUUCGUUGACUUUGGACACAUGUAAAUAUGGACUUUUUAUGUAAAUAUUAUUUUCGUUAUUUUUUUUUCUUUUGUAAUUGUAAGCACAUUAGAAGUAUUGUGAAUUUCUCGAAAAGAUGAAAGUGCAUGUAUGAAGC